AUGAAUCUUAAUCUAAGUGAUAUUAUUUAUAUUGAUUCUUGUGAGACACUAGAUGAGGAAGAUUCAACUGCAGGUUUCUCUCAUAGGGAAAUUAAAGAUGCAACUGUUUCAAUACCAGAAAAUCCAUUACAUGAUGAUUUGAAUUCAUGUGAUGCCAUUCAAAAUCCAUCUAAAGAUAUCAAUUUGGAUUCAGUUACAUCAAAAAAUCUUCUUCAUAAAAAGUCGUUAACUAAACAUGAAAUGAGAGUUAGGUUGCAAAAGAUAUUGAAUAAUUGCAAUAAAAAGAUGAAAGAUGAUUUGGAAAAGGAAAUGCGAGAAGAAAAAGAAAAAAUGGAAAAGAAUGAAAAGAAACUGCUAAAAAAAAAAAAAGAAAUGGAACAUAGGGAAAAGGGAGUUCUAAGACAUAAGGAAGAGUGGGAAAGAAAGCUAAAAGGAAACGAAGUGUGUGAUAAGAGUGUCCUAAAAGUAUUAAAAGGGCGGGAAAAGCGAAUUACAGAAGAAGGCGAAAAAUGGAAAAAUAGAAUGCUAAUAGAAAAAAUGGAGUUGGAAAAGAAAAUACUAAAAAAUAAGGAAGAGGGGGAAGAGAGAAUGCUAAAAGUAAUUGAAAAGUUUGAAAAGGAAAUGCAAAAAGAAAAGGAAAGUGGGAAAAGUAAAUGA